AUCUCUCUCCACCUGGUGUAGCACUUCUCUAAUCGUUUAAAAACAAGAAAUGGACAGUGACGGGGGUAAGGGGGGAUACCUAGUCAUAUUUUGCGUCGUCACUGUAAGCGAUCACGACUCUCAAAAAAACUGUUUACUUCUGAGGAUCACUUUAGCACCGUCCUAAAAACCAGAUUCAAAUUCGACACAAACCUUCAAAUAGCUGCUCAUGGCCUCAGCGAUGAACAGAAGGAGUUUCAGAAGAUGGCCUUUGACUUCGCAGCCCAUGAAAUGUCUCCACACAUGGCCGAGUGGGAUGAAAAGGAAAUCUUCCCGGUGGAGACCAUGCGAAAGGCUGCCCAGCUGGGGUUUGGGGGGAUCUAUGUACAGCCGGAGGUCGGGGGAUCUGGCCUGUCUCGCCUGGACACCUCGGUCAUCUUUGAGGCGUUAUCGACAGGCUGUGUCAGCACCACAGCCUACAUCAGCAUUCAUAACAUGUGUAACUGGAUGAUUGACACCUUCGGCAACACCGAGCAGAGGGAGAAGUUCUGCCCUGAGCUUUGUACUAUGGACAAGUUUGCCUCUUAUUGUCUCACUGAACCAGGCAGUGGCAGUGAUGCUGCUUCGUUACUCACUACUGCAAAGUUGGAAGGAGACCAUUAUAUCCUCAAUGGUUCCAAGGCCUUCAUCAGUGGAGGAGGAGACACAGACGUGUACAUAGUAAUGUGUCGGACGGGAGGGAAAGGUCCUAAGGGGAUCUCCUGUGUGGUGGUGGAGAAAGACACUCCAGGACUCAGCUUUGGCAAGAAGGAGAAGAAGGUGGGAUGGAACUCUCAGCCAACUAGAGCAGUGAUCUUAGAGGACUGCCACGUCCCAGUGACCAAUCGGCUGGGUCAGGAGGGACAGGGCUUCAACAUUGCUAUGAGAGGCCUGAACGGGGGCAGGAUCAAUAUUGCCUCUUGUUCUCUUGGGGCGGCCCAUGCAUGUGUACAGCUGGCGAGAGAUCACCUGCUAGUACGCAAGCAGUUUGGAGAGGCUCUCUCCAACAACCAGUUCCUGCAGUUUAAGUUGGCAGAGAUGGCAACCAAGCUAGUGGCAUCACGUCUGUUGCUACGCGAGGCUGCCGUGGCACUGCAGGAGAGCAGGUCUGACGCUGUGUCCCUCUGCUCCAUGGCCAAACUCUUUGUCACUGACGAGUGCUUCAACAUCUGUAACCAGGCACUCCAGAUGCAUGGUGGAUACGGUUACCUCAAAGACUACGCUGUUCAACAGUUUGUCCGGGACAUCAGAGUACACCAGAUACUGGAGGGAACAAAUGAAGUGAUGCGGAUGAUAAUUGCCAGAAGUUUACUGUCAGAGUCUGGAUAAAUGUAAUGCCAUGGGCCAUCCAAAAUGGACUUUCUCCUGUCUUGAAGGGGUGGUGGAGGCAUUUGACUGUAUCCCUCAAGUGUCUAUUUAAAGGGGGAAAAUACUAUAGCAGUUUUGUUUGAGAUUGUAAACAGGACAGGAGGACCUAAAUAAUGUUAUGUAAACAUGUGAUUUAAGUAAGUUACUCAUUGAGAGAUACAGUAUGGAAGUGGAACCAUGUUAUAAAUGUAAUAUUUCUCCAUGCUGUAUUUUGUGGUUAAGUAUUGGGGUGAAGCGUUUUGGUUGUCUUGCAAUAAAAAAACUAUACAUUUUUUUACCUUUAACUAGGCAAGUCAGUUAAGAACAAAAUCUUAUUUUCAAUGAGAGGGGUUUAACUGUCUGUUCAGGGGCAGAACGACAUUUUUACCUUGACAGCUUGGGGAUUUGAACUUGCAGUUACUAGUCCAACGCUCUAACCACGAGGCUACCCUUGCCGCCCCAGAUGGUUAGUUUGAUAUCGUGUAUUCAGUUAUGAUAACAUUUGAAACAGGAGCAAGUUUGGUGCUCAUGAUAAUUCCAGUUGAAUCCUAAAGCAAAUGUAUGUAGGCGGGUUGGAUAACUGUAAAGUUUCAUGUAUGGUGUGUACUAUAAUAUUUGGUGCUCAAAUGUGACUGGAUUGUCAGUCAUUUACUCAAUAAAACUGACAGCACUAGAUAAGUUUAAAUGUGAAUUUUCUCAGCUGUGGUACUACAUUACGAUGAACCAUGUUUAAAGUGUUAAAACGGCUGCAUUGGACCUUUUAUCAAAUUAUUUCUGGGUAACAAUUAUGUACCUGUGAUGGAAAUUCUUGUUCGAUGCAACAAAAAAAAGCUCUUACACUGAA